AUGUCAUUUUUGGCCAAAUCUAGAAAGGCUGAUCUAGUCGCCCUUGCACAAGAGUUUGGUGUUGAAGUGUUGCCUACAUUUAGGAUUUUGGACUUGAGGGAAAAGAUUCUUGCUAGUGAAAGCUAUGAGGAGCAAGUAGCAAAGGAUCUUCUGAGUGUUAUCAUUACAGAUAGAGAGGCAGAGGAGAGGAUUGCCAUUGAGAAUUUAGAAAGAGCUUAUGUCAAUGAAAGUGUCCCUGAUGAGUAUAAGGCCAAAAUUCUGAUUUACCUUUUGGGAGAUAAAGCGGCAAAUUUAUUAACAUUGAUAAGCGAGGAUAAGUAUGGGAAUUAUGAGGAAAUAAAGGAAACUGUGUUGAAAGAAUUUAAACCUUCACCUCAGGUAUGCCUGGAGAAUUUCAGAAAGGCAAGACGAAGUUCAGAAGAGACCUUUGGCCAGUUUUCUACUAGAGUUACUGCCAUGUGGGAAAAUUAUGUGAAAUCAAGGGGGGUGACAGACUUUGAAGGUCUUAAUCAGUUGGUGGUAGCGGACAAAAUCUACCAGACCCUUGAUACGGAAACUGCAGUACACAUAGGUAUAAGGCAGGGAGACUCGUGGUUCAAGCCAAGAGAGCUUGGAAAGGAGUGUGACAUAUUCUUUGCGGCUAAAGGGAAGUCCUACAACGUACGUAGGGAAGCUUGUGAAACUAAGAUUUUAAAUCAGGCAGUAGGUGAGAAACCUAAGGUCGAAGAAAGACGAGGCAGUCGGCAUACGUCAGAAACCAUAGGGAAAACCACAGGGAACGUUAAAGGUUUAACAUGUUUUGUAUGUGGUUCAGCUUCACAUUUUAAAAGGCACUGUCCUCAGAUUAAAGGUUCUAGGCAGUAUAACAGAAAUGAGGAAAAGGAUAAAGCCAGGGUAAACUGGGUAAAGAAAGAUCAGGAUAAUGAUAUCCUAGAGGACAAAGUUGUGGUAGCUCGUGUGGAUCCUUUGAGGAAGUCAGGGGAUGUAAACGACUAUAAGCUGUGUGAGUUGAAAAGGGUUCCUAUUAGUGUAAAUGGAACAAUAGGAAAGGCCCUCGUUGAUUCAGGAACAGAAAUUACGGUGGUUAAGAAAGAGUUAACCAAAAGUCUCCAACUGAAGGAAGGAUCUAGUAUAUAUUUGAAAGGUAUAUUUGGUCCAGCUGUUAAAUGCCCUUUGGUAAGCAUUCCACUGAGUAUUACUGUAGGAGAAAGUGCCAAUGUUACACAUCAAGAGAUUUUGUGUGCAGUUGCAGAAUCGCUGGCAGAGGAUGUGUUGCUUCCUCCGGAAGUAUUCACCAUGUUAGGAGGUCGGUUAUAUGACACAGGUGAAGGGGUGGAAAACUUACCUGAAGAAACCACAAACAUCCCAGAGGUUAGGAGAAAGGAAAAGUCUGUGAAGGUAAACACAGGGAAACUAGAAGGAAACGCUAGUAUGGGAAGGAAUCUCAAUGAGAAAGGGAAGGUGGAAUCAAGUGAAAGCCAAGAACCUCAGCCAGGAAGACUAUGUACAGCGGAUGUAUUUAGAAGAGAGCAGGAGACUUGUGAAUCUCUGGUAGGAGCAUGGGAGAAUGCUCAGAAAGGAAAGGGGAAUUAUUAUACAGUGGAUAACUUUCUCUUUCAUAAGGACAAAAUUCUUGGGGAAAGUGUGGGGCAAUUAGUUGUACCUAAGAGUCGAAGGGAGGAAGUCUUGCAGUUAGCACAUUGCUCGGUGUUUAGUGGCCACAUGGGGGUAAAGAAAACUGUGGAGAGAAUUAGAUACUCUUUUUAUUGGGAAGGUCUGAGGUUAGACGUUCAGAAAUUUUGCGAGGCAUGUAAAGAGUGCCAGUUGACUAGACCAAUUAAAACUGUUGAUAGGACACCAAUCACCCCAGUAACGAGGCCAGAUCUGCCCUUCCAAAUUGUAAACAUUGAUGUGAUAGGUCCGAUUGAUCCUCCCAGUUCUAAGGGUCAUAAGUAUAUAUUAUGCUUAGUUGAUCAGCAUACCAGAUGGGCAGAAGCAAUACCUCUAACUAGCCUCUCCGCCAAGUCGACUUGUGAGGAGUUAUUACAUAUUUUUUCAAGAACGGGUAUUCCAAAUGUAAUUGCAUGUGACAAUGGAACAAAUUUUAAAGCAGAUUUGACUCAAGAAUUUGAGAGAGACGAAUAG